AGAGACUUGGAGCACCUGAAGGUCGGGCGUUUGGACCGGCUGAUGUGAGAAGGGCUCUCCAUGAUGAGCGCACUUGGCGUUCCCGUUCACCGUCUCCGAGUGCGAGUCAGUGAUCACAAGCGCGUCCAAAUGUAGCUCAGGCGAGUCGUCGGGAUGUGAAAAUCAAACUCAAAGUUGAGGCGCUGGAUACUGUUGCUGUAUCCUGUGAUUGUGUUGAAGCUGAAUCUGACCCUGGGUUCAACAGGAAGAGCCUGGAUGUUGCCUGCUGCUCACCUACCAUCUCACCCAGAAAAGUGGUUUUUCACACCAAUUUUUUAGGAACACGUACUUGAAUUUUUCCCCCCAAAACUGCAGUUUUUGGUUCACAGCACAUACAAAGAUUUGUCUGUGUAUCCCAUCUGUAAUGCUUCCUAACAGUGUUUUUGUACCAGCUGCACAAUCACAGUUUUAACAUGACUAACAUUUCCAAGAUGGAUUACCUGAUUACAGCACAGUAGAUUUUUGUCUGCAUAUAUUACACCUCUCCCCCAGUGUUUUUGCAUGCAUCCUGUAGUUUUAUUUUUCUUGAUGCAUCGCCAGCAUAAUGGCUCAUUUGCCAGAGGCAUCAUCAUUCAAAUGAUGUUGUGACAAGACGGACUUAAUGUGAUCAUUACUCUAAUGGCUUUUAUGAGAAUGCCCUGAUGUCCCUUUUCUCCUGUAGUGAAACAAAAUAAAAUAGGUGUGUGUUACAGUCCACCUUUGCUGCGCAGGACAGUGUCGAUUACAGCUUAGUGUUGGAACAGAUGGUUCCUGUGCUGAACAAUAUGACCCCAGCUCCUCUGACAAAGAACUGUUCCAACUGCACCCAAGUUUUAGUCCCAGAGCUCAACGUGGUCAAAGCAGUGGUUUUGGGCCUGGUGCUUGGCGUAUUCAUUGUGUUUGGAAUUGUGGGAAACAUCCUGGUAAUCCUCUCAGUGGUUUGCCAUCGACACCUGCGGACAGUCACGCAUUAUUUUAUAGUUAAUCUUGCAGUGGCAGAUUUGCUGCUGAGCUCCACUGUACUGCCCUUCUCUGCCAUUUUUGAGAUUGUGGAUCGCUGGGUGUUUGGACGGGCCUUUUGCAAUGUUUGGGCAGCUGUUGAUGUGCUCUGCUGCACUGCCUCCAUCAUGAGCCUCUGCGUGAUCUCUGUUGACCGCUACAUUGGAGUCAGUUACCCUCUGCGCUACCCAACCAUAGUGACAAAACGCAGGGCGCUGCUGGCAGUGAUGCUGCUGUGGGUGUUGUCUAUCAUCAUAUCUAUUGGACCUUUGUUUGGGUGGAAAGAGCCGGCACCUGAGGACGAGUCCAUCUGCAAGAUCACAGAGGAGCCUGGCUACGCUAUCUUCUCUGCCGUGGGGUCUUUCUACCUUCCUCUGGCCAUCAUACUGGCCAUGUACUGUCGGGUUUAUGUGGUAGCUCACAGGGAGAGCCGGGGCCUGAGGGAGGGCCACAAGACAGAGAAGUCAGAUUCAGAACGGGUCAUACUCAGGAUACACAGAGGCAACACAACUGUAUCAGAGGACGAGGCUCUUCGCAACCGCACACAUUUCGCUCUGCGACUGCUCAAGUUCUCACGUGAGAAGAAAGCUGCCAAGACCCUGGGGAUUGUGGUUGGCUGCUUUGUGUUGUGCUGGUUGCCCUUUUUCCUGGCACUACCCAUCGGCUCCAUAUUUCCUGCAUACAGACCUUCGGACACUGUCUUCAAGAUCACCUUCUGGCUCGGUUACUUCAACAGCUGCAUCAACCCUAUAAUCUACCCGUGCUCCAACCAGGAGUUUAAGAAAGCUUUCCAGAGUUUACUUGGAGUUCACUGUCUGAGAAGGACUCCCAGACCACACCAUCAUCAUCUGAGUGCGGGUCAGAGUCAAGCACAGGGUCAAGGCCAGCCCCUCACGCUGGGCUUGGACAGCAGGGGGGCUCCCUGUCGGCUCAGCCCUUCCUCCUCUAUGGCCCUGUCCAGAACCCCUUCCUCCAGGGAUAGCAGGGAGUGGAAGGUCUUUCCCGCUGGCCCCACAGGCAGAUCUGGACCGACAGAGACAAGCAGGGAUAAAGUGGCCAAAAUCUGCAGUAAAAGCUUCCACCGGACCUGCUGCUGCAUCCCCAGGGGUGGGACUCCCCCGCAGGAGUCAAACUGCGCCCAGCCCCCUCCCGUUGGAAACCUUCCCACCAUUAAAAUCCACCAACUGUCCCUGUCGGAAAAAGGAGAUCCUGUAUAACCACUAUAAUCCUUUAUCCAUUAGUCAUGACUCCCCUUUCAAGGUCACUGAUGAGAAUAUAUUUCCCUUUGCUCUCUUGGAUGAGCUGUGAUGGAACGGUGGCUGCUUUGAAAUUUGAAAGUCUCAGCGUUGAUAUCGUUGUGUGAUUUUUCCUGGAUGUAAGAUCGUCAAAGACAUAUCUAUAUUUAUCUUAUGCUAUAUUUUACCUCUUUAAUAAGGUGGCUUUUCAGCUUUCGAAACACAAACUAGGCUAAUGCAGAACACAGUUUGGGAGGGGUGAAAAUAAGGCAAAAGUGUAUCAAGUUUUGUAAAAGUGUACAAAGAAAGAGAUCCUCUGAGCACUCUCCUGAGGUGGAUGGAAAGGGAAAAAAAACAAUACACAAUAAAGAGACCAAAAGCUUUGAAAAUGUUUACAUAUUUUAUAUUACAGAAGAGCAGUUCAAAUGUAUAACAAUGUAAGUGGGAACGUUUUACAUAUUGCAUGAUUUCACCAAAUGUUUCAAACAUGCUGGUCAGUGCUGGUGCUCCUGUUGUCUCCAAAGUUUGCCUAAUCCUGUUCCUGUUGUCAAAAUGUUGUUGGUGUACUGCUCCGUACACAUAAAUACCAAGGGACCUUGCAUACUCUCAUGUCACAUUACAAUAAAUUUGUAUGACGUAUUCCUAUGAAGGGAUGUAUAAGGGCAUUUUUGGACUCUUGUUUCUUUUCGGGUGAGUCACU